AUGCCAAAACGAAGUGCGGAAGAAAAAAUGGAGCGUUACGAACGCAAACUUAGAAAAUUACGUGAACGCGAUGUCGCACGACAUCGCCGAAUACGGGUCAUAUCAUCACAAUCUUCCAAUAAUGAAGGUGUUGAAGACGCCAACCACCCUGAACUAAGCCUUAUAGUUAACACGAAGGACCUCGGGAUUGCUUCAGGGCAGAGUCCCACAACACCUGAGCCCAUGCUGGAGCCCGAGCUUAUACCGGAACCUGAGCCCACACUGGAGCCAGAGUCUAGACCAGAGACCAGGGCGGAGAAACCAUUAGAGCCACUGGCUUUAGAGGCAACUUCGACGGAACAAAACCCGAACGGUGCAUCAUCUGAACCAGAAUUCGACCCUGAACUUUUAGAAGCCCUCGCCCAUAAUAAGGAUCACAUAGAUGACUGCGCGGUGCACUGGCUUAUCAAAGUGCUAUAG